AUGUCAAUAGCAAUUGUAAUACAAGAUGAACACCGCAAAGCGGAAAUUACUCGAAUUCGUGAACGUUAUCAGAGAAAAAUGACAAAGAGGAAACAUGAUGUUAAAUCUGAAAGAAUGGAACUUGAUGAACGAUUAAAUAAGAAAAUGGAAUGGAAGAAAAGUGUUGAGAAAUAUUUAGCAGAGAAAAAAUUGAGUGUUUCUGGAGCUACAUCAACCUUACAAAAUCCCUCAAUCAUAAUACCACCAACUGAAAGGCUUAGAAAUACGGUUUUUGUAGAAUCUCCGGUUGAAAUUCAAACAUCUAAUAAGGACCUUGAAUUAGAUAAUAUUUAUCCAAUGACUCAGAAAGAAACUUCUGAAGAAAUUGAUCAGGCUUGUAACACUUUAAAUAUUGAAAAUAUAUUCAGUAUACAUCGAACAGAUGAUGUUGACUUUGCACUAUCUUAUUCAAUAAACGAUAAUCCAACAACGGCAUUAAUUGAACGCCUUUUGCAAGUACAAUCAUCAAAUUCUUAUGCACAUAACGAAUAUAUUCUUCCUCUGAAAGCUGUUACAGAGUUAGUUGUUCGACAAACUUUACUUUGUCAUUGUCGUUUGAUUAAUGCUUCAAUUCUAUCGAUUUUUUUCCAUGAUCUUGACCUUCGUGCUCAUUUAAGUGUCUUGCGAGACUUUAUGCUUAUGGGAAAUGGAACUUUUGUUUCUGGAUUGGUGGAUGCACUAUUCAAUGACAACGUUGAUCAUGGAGUAGGUAUAUUUUCAGCCAAUGAUAACCUUGGGAUGGGUAUAGGACUUGGUAUUCGAUUGAAUAGCCGCCAGACUUGGCCCCCUGUUGGAAUCGAAUGGAGAAUGGCUUUAAAGGCUGUUAUUGUAGAAACUAUUCUUUUGGAAAAAAAGAAUUUGGAAAAUGGAGACUCUAAUGAGACUAUAGAUGCAUGGGGUAAAGUUAAUGACUUGGAUAAUAUGCUUAUGUUUGGUAUCCAUAAUUAUGAAGAAUCCGAAGUUUGUAGUGAUCCAAACGGUAAUUAUUGUUUACUUAUAGAGAAAAAUUUAAAUUCGAAAGAAACGAAAAGAACUUUGGAGGCAUUGGAUUUUCUUUACCUUGAUUACAAACCUCCUUAUCCGAUUAAUGUCAUUCUAUCGCCGAACUCGUUAACAAAAUAUAAUCGAUUGUUUACGUUUCUUUUGCGAGUGUUGCGUAUGGGAACAGUGAUACGACAUGUUUAUAGGCUUGCUUAUGAACGUUAUUUGUAUGAUGAUGAUGACGAGGCUGCUGAACAUAGUCUACUUGUUCAAAAAUUUCGAUUUGAAGCUCAGCAGUUUAUUGUUGCAUUACAUGGUUAUGUAUUUGAUGUCGCAAUAUCAUCUACAUGGACAUUAUUUAUGAAAAGGUUAAAUAAAAUCGCGAAAGAAUCUGAAUUUGAACUACCUCGUGAGCAUCUUUGGGGACGUGGAAGUACUAGUGAUACGGUUAGUUUUUUGGAUGGACAAUCGGAUGUUUUUUCAAUAGGAAAUGCGGAUGAAUUUGAAGAUGAGGAAGAUGACGAUGGGAUGGGAGAGGGCGUAAAAGACCUCGAAUCAUUACGUGCAUAUCAUGAUCAUGUAUUAGAUCGUAUGCUAUUUCAAUGUUUACUAAAAAAGAAACAAGAAGCGAUUAUGAAGGUUCUAAAUGGAAUUUUUACAGUGAUAUUAACCUUUGCUAAUAAAUUGCAACGAAAAAGAUCGCGAAUAAUUGAUUUGCAAAAAAGACAAGAAUACUGGAAUUCAAUUAAAGAUUUAUAUGGAAAGUUUAGAUUAUAUACAGCAAUGCUUGUAAAAAUAUUAAUGGCUUUAGAUGAGAAAGGUGGUGGAAGAAUAGGAAUGGGAAUGAAACGUAUUGUUAUUAAUCCUGAAGGUGAAAGUUUAAGAACUAGUUUUACAAGUCAUGAUGGUGGAAGAUCUUAUCAUGAUAAAGUUGAUAAUCAAUCCGGUGGUGGAUUUUUACAAGAAUUUCUAUUAAGAGUAGAUUUUAAUGCCAUCAUCCGGUCAACACAAUUAUAUUCAGACUGGCGAAAGAAAACCGCGUGUGCUAAAUUCAGUGAAGAUUUUUAA